ACUCCUGUUAAGCGGUUUCUCUUUUUUCUUUUCUAGUGCCACAAUGGCAACUGCACCUUACAACUAUUCCUACAUUUUUAAAUACAUCAUUAUCGGUGAUAUGGGUGUAGGAAAAUCGUGCUUACUCCAUCAGUUUACAGAAAAGAAGUUUAUGGCAGAUUGUCCCCAUACAAUUGGAGUCGAGUUCGGUACCAGGAUAAUUGAAGUUAGCGGCCAGAAAAUUAAGCUGCAGAUCUGGGAUACGGCGGGACAAGAGAGAUUCAGAGCUGUCACACGGAGCUACUACAGAGGCGCCGCAGGAGCCCUUAUGGUUUAUGACAUCACUAGAAGAAGUACGUAUAACCACUUAAGCAGCUGGCUGACGGACGCAAGGAAUCUAACUAACCCAAAUACUGUGAUCAUCCUUAUAGGAAACAAAGCAGAUCUGGAAGCCCAGAGAGAUGUGACAUAUGAGGAAGCCAAACAAUUUGCUGAAGAGAAUGGCUUGCUGUUUCUUGAAGCGAGUGCAAAAACAGGCGAGAACGUGGAAGACGCGUUCCUAGAAGCCGCCAAGAAAAUCUACCAGAAUAUCCAAGACGGGAGCCUGGAUCUGAACGCGGCCGAGUCAGGGGUACAGCACAAGCCUUCAGCUCCACAGGGCGGCCGGCUAACCAGCGAACCCCAGCCCCAAAGAGAAGGCUGCGGCUGCUAGUGACCUCGGUUCCUUGGCUCUGUUUGUGACCUUUCACCUCUGUCAAGAGCAGUGCUUUUUUGGGGGGGCUGCUUCCGUUUUCCUCUGCACAUCUUACCAGGUUUAAUUAAAACUCCCGAGGCAAGAGUUUAACACAGUACUAAACUGCUAAAGAGUAAAAUAAAGAGAAAAAAACUUAGAUGUAAUCAGGUUAUCAAAGGCAAGUAGAGUCAUACCCCAUCCCUGCAUGGUAAAUCUAGACGUCUUUAUUCCCCCUCCUCUCCCCUCCCCAUAAUUGAUUGUCCUUGUGAAUAGAUGUCACCGAUUCAUGAUUUACAAAACAGAGCUCUGAUUGCUGGACCUCAUGACUUUCUCUCUCUCUCUCUCUCCCCCCCCCCCUCUUUCUCUCUCUCUCCGUUUCUCGUAAAGUUUAACUUUGUUAGCUUCAGCUUUUUUCUCCCGAUCUGUAACUGGUCUGUCCUUUUUAGUAACAAAAAAAAAAAGGGAAAAAAAAGGAUAAAAAAGAUUUGCUAUGAAACUAUUUCCAAGGGUAGAAUGGGAUCCUGCGUAGAUUGCUUUCGUUGGGAAACUGGGGGGGGUGUUGGAUGGGGAUUUUGGGGGAGAGGAGGGAGGAGAGAGACACACUGCUGGGUCCCCCUCCGUCUCUGCCUAGGACACGGGGCAGCUUUGAUCUCAGACCCCCUAUCCUGAGGCGGCGGCUGCUGCUGCUGCUCCCUAUGUUUACCUAUACGGGCCCUUAUUAGCCAAGCGUAAAUAUGUAUAAAUUUUGACUGAACCAAGCUAGACACUCGAACGCAUCCUGUGUGUGUGAUUUUAAUGAAGAAACAAACCCUCAAUGACCGGCAUUAGAAACUUAAGAAGUGAAGUAUCUCUACAGCUCCACUAGGUCACCCUGCCUAGUGACUGCAGGUCAUUGUCCACCCCGGUUUAACUUUAUGGCGGUUGCCCAAGGCCCAAGAGGAUUGCUAGCCCAGCGUGGCACCUCUCUCUGUGCCCUGUGAGCAACCCACUCCUCUUCUUUUGUUGAUGUUGUUGUUACUCCAGGGGUCUUGUGUACUUGAGGACGUGCUAACUCACUUUCCCUCUCCCCCCCCCAUCCCCCAAGUAGCUCUGCAUUUAUUCCAGCCACCUUGUUGCCCCACCUUGUGUGAGAAGGCGGGGCUGUGUCGCACACCUGUACGCUUCUGGGAAGGGCCUGUUCGAAACGGGGCGGUUGAGGGGGUUGGGACUCUGCUGCGGCAUUGGACCCCCUACAGUUCCACCGGCUGGGCUGCCGAUGCUCUUCCCAAGCCCCCCUCUACCGUGGUGCCUGAAAGAGGGUUUGCUGAGUAGGGUGGAGUCACACCCCCCCCCCCC